AUGCAGCCCCUUUCGCUCCUUGUUGCUAUGCUCCUUCCCCUCGGCGCCUUGGCCGCUCCUGUGGCCGAGGAUGUCGAUGGCAUCAAUGCGCCCAUCCUCUACCCACGCGAGACCUUGGCUCUCGACCAAGGCAAGGAACUAUUCGACCGCGGACCGGGUACCAACUACAAGGCCACAUACAAGCUGCCCAAGGGGGCCAAUUAUCUCUUCACUUGCGUCAAGUCCGCAGAGUGUGUCGUGAUUAAUGGCGCCACGAACUGCGGUUGGGAUUGGCUCCCAGCCGGCAACUGCUGGGUCAACGGCCAUUACACGGACAGUCAUUGCACUGCUGCCAAGCUUGGAAUGUGCGCUUUUUGAUUCCAGCGUCGCUGACUCAAAAGAAAAGGUGGACCAGCAUUGGCACCUGCUUUACAAUUCUUAGCUAUCUAUCUAUGUAGCUUGCCCUGGGGAGCGAGAAAGCAAGGAAUUGAGAUCAAUACCCAUGACUUGACAACUGUCAACAGAACCAUUUUACCAUCGCCGGAGAUGAUAAACUUGGAAUUCGUGCCUUGUAAACAGAGGGGCCUCCAAGACAAG